AUGUCGCCUUCAAAGUCCGUCACCGGGGCCAUCGAAAAAGAGGUCGACCAUCUCACUAAGAGAGACAUCGACAGUACUGACUCUGACAUUCGUUACCUCGCGUACGGUGCUCGACUACGAACCGCACUUCGGGCCUCUACUCGGUAUAUUGCUUAUACGAGCGAUGUCGGAGAAGCCUUUAGACCGAUUGUGCCGCCAUGGGUAGUGACGGCUGCAUACGGUGUUUCGUGGCUCUACCUUGGCGGGGACGUUGCAUAUGAGUCCUACAAGGCCCAUCGACGCGGACCCUCGGCAGUCGAGGCGGCUCACUUUUCAGAGUCGACGAGAUUAGGUCUCAUUGCUGUGCAACGAGCAACUUUCCAGUCCAUUGCAUCCAUGGGUCUUCCCGCACUGACCAUUCACACUAUUGUCAAACAGACGAAGAAGGUUUUUGUCAAUGUUCAGAACCCUAAACUAAAGGCAUGGGGUCCGACUGUGACCGGUCUUUCUGUUGUUCCUGCUCUGCCAUACCUCUAUGACCAUCCGGUGGAAGUCGCGACAGACAGGGCGUUUGACUGGAUCAGAGAGAAGCUAGGCGAGGCAGGAACACACACAGGGAGAGGGGACAAAGAGCUCUGA